AUGACUAAUGUUGUAAAUAUUUGGUUUAAAAAAUCUAGACCUCAAAAUGAUGGCCCGGCUGAACGUGCUUCGUCGUUUAUUUUGAUUGCAGAUAGUAUUCUUAAACAGUCCGGUGAUGAUACCUAUGUUACUGGAACACUUAAACCUGCAAUUUUCAAGGAUUUGGAUUAUGUAGUGAGUACUUGGUCCGACGGAUGUUUCGAUCUCUGGGAGGAACGCAGCGGUGUUCACUUUUACACACUCAUGGUCAUGCGCAAAGGUUUGAUCCACGGUGCAAAUUUCGCUACACGUAACGGUGACACCACACGUGCCUCCACCUACACCACUACCGCCAACACUCUCAAAACCAAAAUCGAUACCUUUUGGUCCGGUACCUACAUUACUGUCACCCAAAGUCUCACAGGGGGUGUUCAAAAAGCCGGUUACGAUGUCUCUACCUUGAUCGCUGCUAAUUCAGGUUCCCUCGCAGACGGUUUCUAUACACCCGGAUCCGAUAAAAUUUUGGCCACAGCUGUCGUUGUUGAAAGCAAAUUUAGUUCUCUCUAUGAGAUCAAUGCCAAUGCCCCUUCUUAUUUGGGUACAGCUAUCGGUCGAUACCCCGAGGAUACGUACAAUGGGAAUGGGAAUGGACAAGGUAACCCUUGGUAUUUGGCAACCAGCGCCUAUGCAGAACUUUAUUAUCGUGCUAUCAAGGAAUGGACACUAGCGGGUCAAGUCAAGGUCUCCUCCAUUAGUUUACCCUUCUUUAAGAAAUUCGAUACGGCUGCUGCUGAAGGGACCGUGUACAAGGUCGGUACAGCUGCUUUUAAUGCCAUGACACAAAACGUCGCGUUGGGUGCGGAUAAGUUUCUUUCUACUGUUAAAAAUUAUGCAUUGACUAAUGGGUCGAUGUCUGAACAGUUUGAACGGGGAUCUGGAAAGUCUACGGGGGCAAGAGAUCUUACAUGGUCGCAUGCUGCGCUUAUUUCCGCUGCUCGUGCAAAAGCUGGUGCUCCUUCUGCUUAG